AUGGAAAAGUUUAUAGAGACAGUGCGGUUACAUCCUUGUUUAUGGAAUCCAGACCAUCCUGAUUAUCCUGAAUUGCAUGCUAGGGGACAAGCCUGGCAGAAUGUAGUCAAAGUAAUCAACGACGAUUCUAUUCCCAAUAUUAAAGCUGCAAGAACUGAAUGGAGGAAACUUCGUGACAAUCAUCGGGAGGCUUUAAAAAGAGCAAAAUUGGGUCAAAAUAAAUUAUUACCAGCUCAAGUUACCACCUGGAAAUAUGCUAAAAUCAUGCAAUUUCUAGAGCCUCAUAUGAAAUAUAGAAUUACAGAAAACAUAGACAUGGAGCCGCCAGUUUGCUCAAGACCUAUUAAUUCAGAUCACGAUGUUUCAACGACUAAUCCUCUCGACCAAACGAAAACUGAAAUUCCCAAUAAGCGCCGCUGUACAGAAGAUUCUGGUAACAUCUUGGAAGACAAUUCAAAUAAAUUAAUAAACAUUAAAGAACCAGACGCUCUGGAAUCUUUCUUUAACUGUAUAUUAAAAAGCACAAGGGACAUGCCCAACUGGAUGCAGACCCAAGUAAAGAAAAAAAUAUUUGCUGUCAUAAUAGAUGCUGAAGAACGUCUUUCGUCUCAGGGACGAAAUACUUCAAUGGAACACUACGCUCAUCCGACCUUUAUUAUAGAAAGUAAGAUAAAGGCAGAAGUACCUGAAGAUAGUUAA